AUGGACAUAACCGCGACAGGUGCAGCCGUUUCAACGUGGAACCCAAAAAAGGAUUCCAUCAGCACGGUAGCCAACGAGCUACAAACGCUGCUACAGUCUGUGAACGACUUCGUACCUCCAGACGAAAAGUGGUUUAAAGACGUAAUGAAACAUGAAACGCUCAGGCUAGCUGUCUGCGGCGUUGUCGAUGAGUGUCUCAGAGCAGACAGCGCAGUGCCGUCAAACCUGAGGAAGCAGGUGCUCGCUAACUUCCUCAGCAGAGCCGAUUACUACGUUCAAGAAGCCUGUGAGCUCCUUCACCUGAACGACCAGACCCUGUGGGACGUCAUUGGAGACCGUCCGGUUAAGAUGGAACCUCGGCACUUACUGUCAAGGUUGAAGGACUUGCUCACUAAAGUGCUAAAGAUGGCAUCCAUACUGGAUUUCCAAGAUUUUGCCGAACCCAAGUAA